CUCAACGACGGAUCCAAAAGUAGAGAGAUUUGAAUCGGGACCUACAAGUUUGUGUUGAGGUGACACGGAGGAGAGAUCCGGGGGGAAGGAGGACGAGACUUUAUGCGCACAGGAUACCGAUUACAGACCGCUGCCGCCUUUCGUCCGGGAUAUCCCCUCCGUCUCCGCCGAAGACCACUGGAAACUAAUUUUUCCUCGUAGAAACUUCCCAAGAGAGACCGAUCCUGGUCGGCUUUUUUUCUCCCCUCCUUUUUUUUUGGUGUGGAGAACUAGGCGCUACAGCCUAUAGUUAACAAGGACUUUGACAACGACCCAGGAUGCCCCAAAAAGGGAGACAUUAAGUAGUGAAAACGGCAGAUGAUUGACUAAAUUGUAAUAGAGUGGACAGUCAACUCUGUUUCCAGAAUACCACAACCAAGCCACGUGGGAGUCUGGCGUAGCCUCAAUGAUGCAGAACAAGGUGUAUGACAUCUGUGAUGAAGGUCACAGUGGCGUGAACCAGCUUGGUGGUGUGUUUGUUAAUGGUAGACCGCUGCCGGAUUCCACCAGGCAGAAAAUAGUUGAACUUGCUCACAGCGGUGCUCGACCCUGCGACAUCUCCAGGAUACUACAGACCCAUGAUGAAGUCCAAGUGCUGGACAGUGAAAAGGUCUCCAACGGUUGCGUGAGCAAGAUCCUGGGAAGAUAUUAUGAAACUGGCUCCAUAAGACCGAGAGCGAUAGGCGGCAGCAAGCCCAGGGUCGCCACUCCAGAGGUGGUCGCCAAAAUCGCGCAGUACAAGCGGGAGUGUCCGUCUAUCUUCGCGUGGGAGAUCCGCGACCGGCUGCUCUCGGAGGGGAUCUGCACCAACGACAACAUACCCAGCGUGUCAUCAAUAAACAGAGUCCUCCGCAACCUGGCUAGUGAAAAGCAACAGAUGGGCGCAGAUGGCAUGUAUGACAAGCUGAGAAUGCUGAACGGUCAGACAGGAACCUGGGGGACCCGGCCCGGCUGGUACCCCGGAACAUCGGUGCCGGGCCAGCCCAGCCAAGAUGGCUGCCAACAACAGGACGGUGCAGGGGAAAACACGAACUCCAUCAGCUCGAACGGCGAGGAUUCAGAGGAGACGCAGAUGAGACUGCAGCUCAAGAGGAAACUACAGAGAAACCGCACGUCCUUCACACAGGAGCAGAUCGAGGCUCUGGAAAAAGAAUUCGAAAGAACUCACUAUCCGGACGUUUUUGCACGAGAAAGACUAGCAGCCAAAAUCGACCUGCCAGAAGCAAGAAUACAAGUGUGGUUCUCAAACAGAAGAGCAAAGUGGAGGCGAGAGGAGAAGCUGCGGAACCAGCGCAGACAGGCCAACAACUCCUCCAGUCACAUCCCCAUCAGCAGCAGCUUCAGCACCAGCGUGUACCAGGCCAUCCCGCAGCCCACCACGCCGGUGUCUUUCACCUCGGGGUCAAUGCUGGGCAGACCUGACUCUGCACUAACAAACACCUACAGUGCGCUGCCUCCCAUGCCCAGCUUCACCAUGGCGAACAAUCUACCUAUGCAACCCAGCCAGACCUCCUCUUAUUCCUGCAUGUUGCCUACCAGUCCGCCUGUGAACGGGCGGAGCUACGAAACAUACACGCCCCCUCAUAUGCAGGCACAUAUGAACAGCCAAUCAAUGACCACUUCUGGUACCACCUCAACAGGACUCAUCUCUCCUGGAGUGUCUGUCCCUGUCCAAGUCCCAGGGAGCGAGCCUGACAUGUCUCAGUACUGGUCAAGACUACAGUAGAGAGAAGAGCUACUUCACCCUGUAAGCACCCACUCCACCAUCACCCUCCGGCAGUGCUCCUCACACAUACAUGGCACAGGAGAGUAGAGAAGGCGGGAGAGGGUUGAGAAGAGGCAUCAGCCAGGAGAGGAGGAAUGCAAGAAAGAAAGAGAGACUCUGGGAGAGCCUUGGGACGUCUGGGCUUUGUUUUUUCCACUGGGACAGUGUGCUGUUAUGUAGCUCUAGGCACAUUCAAAUGAGGACUUGGAGAAGAGAACAACGAUGGAGAAACAGGAAAAAAAUGGACCUCUGUAAAGUGCCCGGUGUUAAAUUUUUAUGGAACAAAAACUUAUCAGUUUUUUUUUUUUUUUUUUUUUUUUUUUUCUAUUUCCAACUUCAGUCAUUGUUUCCUUCUUUUCUCUGGUGUGUUUGUAAAUGGCCAUUUGUAUGUUAUUAUGAAAAAACAAAACAAAACAAAAAAAAAACAAAACAAAAAAAAACAAAAUCAAGUACUGAUAGAUGGACUGCUAGAAAACCAUGUUGGUCUUGCGUUUGCUUUGCGAGAGGAGAACCUGAGAGAUUCUGCCAUGAAUAUCUUUUAAUCUGCUUAUAUCGAGACUUUCUGCCAGCCUUUGCAUGGUCUAUGGACACAACUGCAUAUCAUUAAAGACGAAAAGCUGGAGGGAAGCCUCUGACUGUGUCAAAAAAGAAAACUAUUUAUUUGUUUUAUUUCGUAUGAAUGGAUAUUUAGCAGAGGAAACGGAAAACUCGAUCCAGCCACUGACGCUGGCUUCUUUGACAUAGGCCACACUUUUGCCGGCUCGUUAGACACGGACCACUAUCAGGAGCUGCGAGAGCGAAAAGAUACCACACAACUUUGACGUCUUGCAUCGGUGGUUGGAUUGACUCUCGAUUACCACGAAGAACAUUACAUGUGGAAAACAGGUGCAAAACGAUACCUGGAAUCUGUAAAUGGUAGACUGCGUCUUCAAUAUAAUCAAGUUUGUUUCUGUCAAAAUGUAAAGUACUUGUCUUCCCUAGAAAUCUUCCAGAAAGAUUUCUCCAAUAAAAGUUGAUUUCAUUUA